AUGACUUCGUUAGCUAUCCUACCACAGUUGAAACGAACCAUGACCGACAUUGUCGAUGAAGAGUUGUACCAUAUCCCAUCUUCCCCGAUUAUGAAUUUCAGCAACAACAACAACAUAGGCAACAUCAAUGACAACUUUAGUCUAAAUCUCAACACCACGUCUGCCGCCUCGUCAAAUGGCCACUACCAGAACCAGAGAAGCUAUAGCCAUCAUUCUAACCGAAAUUCGGUUUCGUCGUCUCCAAUACUAUCGUAUACGCAGAUGAAUACCCAAAUCAACACCAACAACCAUGGUCUAUAUAACAGCAGCAACAACAACAACUCUAGCAAUAAUCUAGGGAACGUUUUAAACAUACCAGAUUCAUUUGUCGAACAGUUGAAAUCACAAGAAUAUAUCGAAGGAUUGAGAAGCUACCAUCAUCAACAACAACAACUGCAACUGCAACUGCAACUGCAGCAGCAGCAGCAACAGCAAUCUAUAAAUGACUAUCCAGAUUAUCAAAUUAUUUCAUCACAACCAACUUUUAUAAAUCCAUUCACAAAUUAUGGCAACCCAAACACAUUUGUCAGAUUAUCUCAAUAUACUCAGCAACAGCAACAGCAACAAGCGCAACAGCUACCGCAACAACCACAGCAGCAGCAACCACAGCAGCAGUCACAGCCACAUCAACCACAACCACAGCAAGCAUUUCCACAAGUUCAACCACAGGUGUCUCCACUCCCAUUACCUCAAGCUUUCCCCACGCGAAGGAGAAGAAGAAUCACCACACUUGACGAAGAUGAACCAAACUCAGGGUCCAAGAAAAAACUGCUUGACGAAGAAUAUUUGUUGUACAACCCAGAUAUUUCACCGGGCCACAUCAUUCGUCAAACUGACUUGGAUUCUUCUUAUUACGUGCCGCCAAAUACCGUGAAUACAGGUGACAUUAUGAAUUUGAACUUGAAUUCAAAUUUGCAAGCGCCACAAGUUGAUAACGUGAUUCCUGGUUAUGAAGGCGACUACUUGUAUUUAGACGAUGACCAAGAGGAAAUCGAAGAAGACUUGUCAGAUGAUGAAGAUGACAACUACUUUCACGUUGAUGAAGCUUUUGACGAUUACGUUAUGAGCAAUAGUGGCUACUAUUCAAACAAUAAUGGGUCAGUUGAAGACUACACAACCUUUGACGAUUUCAAAAACAUUAGACUAGAUGAUAACCACGAAGAGACUUCGUUUCCUGAUGCAUUGAAAGAUUUAAGAGAUGAAGCAACAAACAACUGUGGCCACAACGAACAACAACAACAACAACAACAACAACAACCACCACCACAACAACAUCAACAAGAAGUUGCCGGCGAAGUAUCGCCAGCUUCAAUUGUUUCUCGACUUUCUUCAAUACCUUCAUUAUCUCGUCACACACUGGAGUCUAGUCACGAAGAAGAAGUAGGACAAGCCACCACCAUCAAGCAAGAACCUUUGGACGACGAUGCCAUGGCUGUUGACGAAGUUGAUGACGACGCCAAUGUUGUUGUUGUUGAUGAAGAAGACGAGUCAACUUUGAUUUCAACUUCGACCUCGAAUUCAACAAUCGAAUUAAAAGAGAAGCACAUUUACAAAUUGGGAGCAGAGAUUUCUGCCAAUAAUCCUGACCAUCGAUGUGAUUUGAUCAACCCCACGACGGGCCAAAUGUGUAACAAACAGUUUUCGAGACCAUAUGAUUUAAUUCGCCACCAAAAUACUAUCCAUGCAUCAUUAAAGAAAAUUUUCAGAUGCGUCAUUUGUGAAGGUAGAUAUCAAGGUGGAACCGGUAAUGGCAAGGAAAAGACUUUUUCAAGAGGUGAUGCCUUGUCUAGGCACAUUAAGAUUAAGCACGGAUUAGUUGGCGAAGAAGCCAUCCAGCUUAUCAAUGAAGCCAAGGAAAAUGUUGAAUACCAUCCUGUUCAGUACAAGAGUCGCGAAAGCGGGUAA